AUACAUCUCUAUGGUAAUUGCUCUUUUGUAAUCGAUUCAUGACAUUGGAUUCUAAAGGUACUCCGAUCCGGGUCACUGGGGAGUGGGGACUUGGCCUUGGACCAUGAUAAUGCUUAUUUUUUCUGCAAAUUUUAUAAUUGCGCCUAACGUUAGGCCUAAACUUUAAGAUUAUUUUUUUUGGACGGUGCGGCUAGCUAGGACAGGAGUAGGAGCCUCCUGGCUAGGUGCUGCGCGGCCGGAGGCUAGGGGGAGCGCGGCGCAGGCUCGCUGUAGCAGUUUAUAUUCGCCCGAGAAAGACGCGACGAGGAUAUCUUUACCAUUUCAUCAGCAAAUCUUGCACCUCACUGUUCUUUAAAGACGCACAUAUCCUAUCCAGUUCCCUGAACUGAAACUUAUUGUCCUUCUGAGCACCUCCGGAACUUGUAGCCAUACUUAGUUAGACGAGAAAUCGAAUGAAUUUGAACUUGAACUUCGUCUUCGGAUACUGCCGCGAUUGUGCAGCUAUUGCGCCACCUACUGUUCGGUUUGUGGACUUCUGCUAGUGCUACAAGUACAAUUACAACUUCUUCAGUUCAGCGAGAACAAAAAAUACUUUAAAAUGGCUGUCAUCGCUCAGUCCAGUGAACUCUUUGUGAGAAUUGCUGGGAUUUCCGGCGCUCUAGCUGUUGCUCUCGGGGCAUAUGGAGCUCAUGGUAUGAAAAAUCAACCCCCUGAUGUCAAGCAUACAUUUGAGACUGGAAACAGAUACCAUUUUUUACACACCUUAGCUCUCUUGGGAGUUCAGUUUACUAAUCACCCCAUUCUGAGCGGUAGCCUCCUGACAUUGGGAAUGGUGUUGUUCUCUGGGACUUGCUACUUUUCUGCCCUGACCGGAUCCACUGCUCUCAACAGACUGGCUCCCAUCGGUGGCUUGACUCUUAUCGCAGGAUGGGCAUCCAUGGCUCUCAGAUAACUAGAACCAAAGCAUUCAGUUCCAAGCUCUUGGUGUCUUGCACUCAUUUCUCAAAGCUAACAUGAAUUAUGUUUUUUAAUUACAGCUCGCCAUUGGCAGAUAUGAAUAAAUUUCAUCCAAUGUUUGCUUUUUACUAAUAUCCAGUUUGGCUAGCCCCCAAUUAGUCCAUGAAUUACAGAAGGUCAUUUACAUUUCAUCAUCGGGAGAUAUACUCUUAUCUUAUUUCACUAACCGCCAUUAAGUCUAUACUCGUUAGCACUUCCACUGGGUCAGAUGCAUAAAAAGUAGCAAUUGCUUUUGCUAGUCUUUUGCUUGAUUCUGUAUGCAUAAAAAUGAGUGAGCAAAUGCUUUUGCCAGUAAGCUCAAGCAUUCGCAAAUUACCUGGUAGCAUUUACUCAACAAUUAAGCUAUUGCUAAAAAGAGUAUGGAUAAAGCAAACAUUUAGCUUGUGCGUUUAAGCAUUUGCUAGGAUUUUUUCAAGCUCCGUCAGAGCAGCUUGAGCGUUUGCUUGAUCAGGGCAUUAGCAUUUUAGAAUCAUAUUUAUGUACCUGAGAGAGAACUCCAAUGUGUACAGUAGCCUACAUUGAAAUGUUUUCUUCCUAGUAUUAAAGUGCAAACUGAUUGCAACCUAUAUAAAUUUAUUCAUUAGAAACAAGUUAAAGGAAAAGUUUGGCACCACAUCUAAGCGUGAAGUCGCUAUUGUUCAAACUGCUAGCAAUUGCCUUCUGAAGGCAAGAAAAGGGAUUAAGCACAUGCAAAGGGGUAUGCAUACAAAAUAAAGCUAAGGCAUGAUCUUUUGCUUGGCUAGUAAUUGCUUGUGCUUGAAGCAAUUGCUUUCCAGCAUUUGCUUAUUUUUAUGCAUCUGACCCAAUGUAGUGUAAGACAGAAUUCAUUACAAUUAGUCAUUAGACUUCGCUAAUAGACCAAAGUCCAAUUUAGGCAAAAUUUUAAAAUGAACUAUAAGAAAAGGUUGAAGCCUGAAUUCCCAUCUAGAUUUUUGACCAAUUAAUGUACAAAUUAGACCUUCACUUUUAUACAUUUGGGUUACAUUUCAUGAAGACUCUUGACAUCAUUUGAGCUAACGUUGCUUUUAAAGCUUUUGAUGUUACGGAAGCUUUAAAGUGCGUACAACUUUUCAGAAGACGAGUUGGCAAGACAAUCGUCUUGCCAUGUUGACAUACACCUUUUUAUAAGUCGACGUCGUGAAUAACGUUAUCUCGCCAUGUUGACAUUCAACAUUCUAGUUCUUGGCAAGAUAAAGUAUCGACAAGUUGAUGGCAGUUUAAAGCUUCCGUAUAAUGUAGCUUCUCGGCCUACACCAAAGAUUUCACUGAAAUUAUCAGUGAAUGUAAUUUCAAUAUUUAAAGAGGACUUUAUCAUAGUAACUUUUUUUGGAUAGUGGCAAGUUCAUUCAAAAUCAUACACUGUACUUUAUUUUUCUACUAGUCGCCCUACUAUUGACUACGUACUUCCAAUGUAAAUUUAGUACUGUAAUUCUAUAAAAGUCUUUUAUUUCAAAAUUGUUAAAUGUUAUUUGUUUUUUACAUUUUGAAAUGUUAUGUCGAUAUAUAUACAUGUAUUGUUAUUAGUCAUUAAAUUUAUUACAAUUAAACAGAUUUAAAAAAAACACA